AUGUCGCAAAUAUUGGCACCCUUUCAAUUACUUGAACUAAAUGUCAUCUCAGCGCAGGAUUUGGCUUCCGUCGGAAGAAACAUGCGAACCUACGCGGUUUCAUGGGUUCAUCCCGACAGAAAACUUUCCACACGUGUCGACACACAAGGCCACACCAAUCCAACAUGGAACGACAAAUUCGUUUUCCGCGUUGACGAUGACUUUCUAUACAGCGACACUUCGGCGAUCAUGAUUGAGAUCUAUGCAUUGCAUUGGUUCAAAGACAUCCACGUUGGCACCGUUCGUGUCCUUGUCGGAAACCUUAUUCCUCCGCCGGCUAGACCUUUUCAUAACGACCAUGCUCCGCUUGGUAUGCGGUUUGUGGCGCUUCAGGUUCGUCGCCCUUCCGGGAGGCCUCAGGGGAUUCUUAAUAUUGGUGUAACGGUUUUGGAUAGUUCCAUGAGGAGUAUGCCGCUUUAUACUUUGAAUGCUUCUGCGGUUGGUUAUCGGCAUUUGAUGGGAGAAAAAGAUGCUUAUGAUAGCCAUAAUCAUCUUAGUCCUCAUGUUUUCGGUGCUGACAAAGGUGGUGGUGGAGGUGGUGGUGGAAAACAUGAACUCCGACGAACCAAAAGUGAUACCAGUUCCGUUAUUGCAUGUGAAUCGGUUUUGCGUCACCAACGUGCUAUUAUUAAUAAGGAAAAAGCUAAUUCUGCAAUUUCUGGUUCUGAAGUUAGCGAUAAUAAGGUGAAUAAAAAGAAGAAGAAGAAGAAAAAUAAGAAGAAAAAAGCCUCCCAUGAGGAGGAGGCAAGUUCUAUCAUUAGCAGUGUUCUCAGCGAUAAGGUUGUUCCGUGGAUAGUUAAAAAUGGAAAAACAAGUGCUGCUCCUUCUGAUUCACACGUUGAACCGCCGCCGCCACCACGGUUUAGCCACGACGAAUGCGCCAACUAUGAUGAAACUGAUAAUGAUAAUCAUCACGAUCAUUAUCAUGAUGAUAAUGAUAUUGAUGUUAACGAGAAGGAUGUUUCGUUUGUUAACACUAUCUCUGAAGCUGCUACAAGAGACACUGAUAUGCAUGAGAAACAGAACUUUGCCUAUCAAGUUAAGGCCACGCCGAAUCGUCAUUAUCCAAAAUCUCCGAUGGUGGAGUUUAAAAACUCUCCCAAGCCGAACUUUAUGAAAUCCCCGACUAUGCCGGAAUAUAAGAACUCUCCCAAGCCAAACUUUAUGAAAUCCCCGACUAUGCCGGAAUAUAAGAACUCUCCAAAGCCACAGUUUAAGAACUCUCCCAUGCCAGAGUUUAAGAAUUCUCCUAAACCGCAGUUUCAUAAAUCUCCGAAGCCAGAGUAUAAGAAUUCUCCAAAGCCUAAGCAUAUGAGAUCUCCGACUAUGCCAGAAUAUGAGAACUCUCCAAAGCCUAAGCAUAUGAGAUCUCCGACUAUGCCCGAAUAUGAGGACUCUCCUAAGCCACAGUUUAAAAACUCGCCAAUGCCAGAGUUUAGGAAUUCUCCAAUGCCACAGUUCAGGAAUUCGCCUAUGCCGGAGUAUAAGAAUACACCUAUGCAGCAAGUUAGGAAUUCGCCUAUGCCAGAGUAUAAGAAUUCGCCUAUGCAGCACGUUAGGAAUUCGCCUAUGCCGGAGUAUAAGAAUUCGCCUAUGCAGCAAGUUAGGAAUUCCCCUAUGCCACAGUUCAGGAAUUCCCCAAUGCCUCAGUUUCAAAACUCCCCAGCGGUGGCGCCACAUUUUAGGAAUUCUCCGGCAGUUUCGAAGUUCAACCCUGCAAUGGGAUUUGGCGGUUCGCACAGGGGGACCCCGAAGCAUCCGUUUGGAAAGUUGAAUGGUGGAAUGGAAUAUGCAACACCGAUGAGAUCCAACUUGGCUAACAUGAGGCCGGUUAUGAUGACAGAGUCUGAGCUGGGACCAUCUCCAUCAGAGGUUGCGGCUGCAAUAGCCAAGAAGCCAGUGAUCGAUGAGGAUAACUCAACAGUGGGAGGGUGGAGCUUGGAUGAGAGUGUGGAAGGGUUGGGGUCAAAAUUAGAGAGGUGGCGGACGGAGUUGCCCCCGGUGAUAGACCAAGGUGAGCUGUCGAGCUUACCAACAACAAACACGACGAAAACUAAAUCUAGCCGCCACUCGCGGAGGCAUACAGACGGAGGGAAUGGGUUGUUUUCUUGCUUUAGUAAUAUCUGCGGUGUAGAGUGCUCCAUUGUAUGUGGUGGUGACCCUAAAGCCAAGGCCAAGGCCAACAAGAAUAGUCGCCGACAAACUUCUUCUGCCGACGGCAGUUCCAGCCUUCUGUGA